AUGGAUCAACUAAGGGACGAUCUUAUUCAGAUGAGGACUCAGGUUACUGCUCAGAUGGCUCAGUUCAUGGAAGUCACGCAAGGCAUGGUUGAUCGCCAAGAAGAACUCAGAAUUAGAAUGGAUGCAGUUGCUCAGACUGUAGUGAACCCUCCACAGAGGAACCCCGCUGGUAUUCAUAUCAACGAUGAACCUGUGAACGGAGGGCUUGGUGUGAUUCCUCCUGCUACCAAUCAAGGUAAUCCUCAUGGGCCUCCCCAGCCCAUUCCUGAAGGACAAGCCACACAACAAAUCAGAAGGGCCGCUGCCAUCCCCGUGUUGGAAGAGGAUCGACAUGAGGAUCUGUUUCCUGAAAGUGAGUUGGGAUUUAUACAUGAUGCUGGAAGGUUGUUCAGAGGACUGGAGGAAAGGAUGAGGGCCAUGGAAGGCCAAGGACUUGGCAUGGACAUUAAUGACUUGGGCUUGGUUCCUGGUGUCCGCGUGCCGUCGAAAUUCAAAGUGCCAGAUUUUGAGAAGUACAAGGGGAAUACUUGUCCCAAGACCCAUGUCCGAGCUUACUACCGCAAGAUGAAUGUCUAUUCUAAGGAUGAGGAGAUGUUGAUGCAUUUCUUCCAAGAUAGCCUAACUGGGGCAUCUUUGGAAUGGUAUAUGAGGCUGGAAAGAGCUAGUAUUCGAAGCUGGAGAGACUUGGUUGAUGCCUUCAUAAAGCAGUAUCAAUAUAAUGUUGACAUGGCACCCAAUCGCACUCAAUUGCAGAAUCUAUCUCAGAAAGCUAAUGAGUCCUUCAAAGAAUACGCGCAAAAAUGGCGCGAGUUGGCAGCCAGAGUUCAACCACCUAUGUUGGAGAGAGAAAUGAUGGACCUGUUCACCAAUACUUUGGAAGGUCAAUACUAUUCUGCUUGUUCUGCAUCCUCGAGUUUCGCCGAGUUGGUCAUGAUUGGUGAGAGAAUUGAAAGUGGAAUCAAGGCUGGUAGAAUUCAGAAUCUGAAUGCUGCUAGCUCCUCCUCCGGGGUUGUUGGAAAGAAACCUUAUAACGGGUUUGCCAAGAAAAGAGAGGGUGAGACGAGUGCUGCUUAUUAUGGUAAAGGCAAAAGCCAGGCUCAUCAACAAGUGGCCGCCGUGACUAUACCGAAUGUUCCAUUUCAGCAACAUCAGCAACGAGGGUAUACUCCGCGCCAGUAUCAACCAAAGGCACCUGAGAGAACUUUUGACCCGAUCCCGAUGACAUAUGCACAAGUAUUGCCAUACCUCCUCGACUUGAAAUUGGUACAAUUGAGAACUCUAGCCACUCCUGCUAAGUUGCCUCCUAAUUGGGAUGCUAAUGCAAGGUGUGAAUUCCACUCUGGAGCACCUGGGCAUAACAUUGAAAACUGCAAAGCAUUGAAGUAUCAGGUUCAAAAUCUUCUCGACUCCAAGGCCAUUGAGUUCACUCCUACUCCAGGGCCUAAUGUUGUUCAAAAUCCCAUGCCCCCUCAUGGGUCUCAUGCUGUAAACGCCCUCGAUUGUGUUGAAGACACUCGUUUGGUUAAGGACGUGACUGAGUUAGGCUCUCUGUUGCCUUUACUGAAAGUAGAAUUACUGAGAAUGGGUCUAUAUGCUGGUUGUGGAGAAUUGUGUAAUGAUUGCAUGGCCACUUCCUCAGUUUGUGAUAAAGUGAAGAAUGGUAUUCAACAGUUGAUAGAUAGUGGGUAUCUACAGUUUGAGCGCGUACGACGGCCUGAGGUAUUUGAGAAUGAAAUUAAUGUGGCAUCCAUCCCCUACACUCCUGCUAAGAUCCCAAUUCCUGCUAGAGCACCUCCUUUGGUUAUUACAUUACCUGGUCCCGUUCCGUAUACUAGUGAAAAGGCAAUCCCAUGGAACUACGGUGGAGAGGUUUUUUACCAAGGGGCCAAGUUUGAACUUAGAACACCAAUUGAGAAAGAAGACGUCGACAAUGUUGUGGGAGUUGGAAGAAUGACAAGGAGUGGCCGUAUUCUCAAUCCUCCUCAGAAUAUUCACAAAGACAAUACAGAAGCUCUAGCUCAAGCAAAAGGAAAAGGAGUGACAAAAGAUACUAUGGACCAGGGGCAAAGUUCUAAUUCUGAGGACACUGUGGCCAAAGAGAUGGAAGAAUUCCUCAAGAUCAUCAAGAAGAGUGAGUAUAAAGUGGUUGACCAGCUGAGUCAAACUCAAUCUAAGAUCUCGAUAUUACAGUUGCUCUUAUGCUCCGAGACACGUCGAAAUGCUUUAUUGAGACUCCUAGGCACUGCCUUUGUCCCUCCUGAGAUCUCAGUAAAUCAGCUUGAAGGGGUUGUGUCUAAUAUCAAUGCUGGAAAUGGAUUGGGAUUCACUGAUGCAGAUUUGCCUUCUGAAGGUAGAAAACAUAAUAGAGCUUUGCACAUAUCUGUGGAGUGCAAGGGGACUAUGCUAUCUCGUGUUCUUGUUGAUAAUGGAUCUUCUUUGAAUGUGUUACCAAAGUCGUCUUUGAUGAGGCUAGACUAUUCUGGUGUUGAGAUAAGGCCAAGCGAAUUAACUGUGAGAGCCUUUGAUGGCUCAAAGAGGUCGGUGUUUGGGGAGGUUGAUUUACCAGUGAUGAUAGGUCCUCAACUCUUCACUAUUACUUUCUUUGUGAUGGAUAUCCACCCGGCUUACAGUUGUCUCCUGGGGCGUCCAUGGAUCCAUGCUGCUGGGGCCGUGACUUCCACAUUGCAUCAGAAACUCAAAUUUGCCACUCAAGGGAAGAUAGUCACAAUAUGUGGGGAGGAAGAGCAUGUGGUAAGCCAUCUUGCGUCUUUCAAAUAUAUUGAUGUUGAAGGGGAGGUCCACGAAACACCUUGUCAAGCGUUUGAGGCUGUCCAGACUAUCAAGAUCCCUUAUGUUGAAAAGAAGAAGUUGGAGGCUCCUAUGUCUUCACUAAAGGAGGCCAAGGCUGUGAUUGAAUCUGGUCAUCCUAAGGGAUGGGGCCGAGUCUUAGAUUUACCAAUCAAGCAGGAUAAGUGUGGGAUUGGAUAUCAGUUGGGGCAGAGUUCUUCUGAUGGGUCCUUCAAGAAGCCUGGAACCUUCGUUCCAAUCAAGUUCUCUAGUGCCGGCAUUGACAAAGAUCACAUCUGUGCUGCUGACAAUGAUACGGAUAGUGACUAUGAUAUCGAAGAAUGGAUCAAGCCAUGUGUCCCUGGACAGAAAUCCAAUUCUCCUCCAAAUUCUGUUGAUAACGGUCUUGCUAUGCCUCGUUAUGACUUCGACAAUCCUAUCUACACCGCUGAAGAAGGGGAUGAAGAGGAUUGUGAACUCCCUGGUGAGUUGGCCAGAUUGUUGAAACAAGAAGAGAAAGUGAUCGAGCCACACCAAGAGCCUAUUGAGACGGUGAAUCUUGGCACCGAAGAGAUGAAAAGGGAGGUUAAAAUAGGGGCUUCUUUGAACGAGGGUGUGAAAGAAAAGUUGAUUGGAAUGUUGAAAGAGUUACCUCUUAAAGGAAACUCUCCACCGGUCAAACAGAAACUCAGGAGAACCCAUCCUGACAUGUCCAAGAAAAUCCAGGAAGAGGUUCAGAAACAGUUUGAUGCAGGUUUUCUUGCGGUAACAGUUUACCCGCCAUGGGUCGCCAAUAUUGUACCUGUACCUAAGAAAGAUGGGAAGAAGGCCAUUAAGAGUAGUGUGAUUGCUGAUUACCUUGCACAUCAGCCUGUGGAUGAUUAUCAGUCUAUGCAAUUUGAGUUUCCUGAUGAGGAUAUAAUGUGUGUGGCAGAGACUUCCGAUAGUCGAGAUCAAGAGGAAGGUCCAGAACCAGGGUCACGGUGGACGCUUGUGUUUGAUGGGGCUUCUAACGCAUUGGCUAGAAUUUGUUUUGAUUGUACUAAUAAUGUGGCUGCGUAUGAGGCUUGCAUAUAUGGCAUUGAGGCGGCCAUUGACUUGAGGAUAAAGAAUCUCGCAGUUUAUGGGGAUUCCGCUUUGGUAAUUAGUCAGAUUAACGGAGAUUGGGAGACACGCCACCCCAAUUUGAUUCCUUACAAAGAGCAUGUCGUGAAAUUGGCUCAAUACUUUGAUGAAAUCACCUUUGAUCACAUUCCUCGAGAGGAAAAUCAUUUGGCUGACACUUUAGCCACCUUGGCAUCGAUGUUCAAAAUAAAAUGGGACAAUGAAGCGCCUUCAAUAAUAAUUAAGAGGUUGGAUGAGCCUGCAUUCUGUGGUGUUAUUGAUACCGUGCCUGAUGAGAAACCUUGGUUCUAUGACAUUAAGAAAUUCCUUGAGACUCAAGAGUAUCCUGAGGGUGCUUCCCUCACGGAUAGGAAAACUCUGAAGAGGCUAUCUGCCAAGUUCUUCCUUGCCGGAGGAGUGUUAUACAAGAGGAACUUUGAUUCCGUGUUGCUCAGAUGCGUGGAUAGACACGAAGCAGCAGAGAUCAUGCGAGAGGUAUAUGCUGAUAGGGUUCAUGUACCUCCAGUUCCUUUGAAUGUGUUGACGUCUCCUUGGCCGUUUGCUAUGUGGGGCAUUGAUAUGAUCGGAGAAAUUAAGCUCACCGCUUCUAAUGGACACCGUUUCAUCCUUGUCACUAUUGACUACUUCACCAAGUGGGUUGAAGCCGUUUCUUAUGCAAACGUCUCCAAGCAGGAUUGGCAUGAGAUGUUGCCCUUCGCUUUACAUGGAUAUCGUACUUCGGUACGUACUUCCACAGGAGCAACUCCCUUCUCACUAGUAUAUGGCAUGGAGGCUAUUCUUCCAGUGGAGGUCGAGAUUCCUUCAUUAAGGGUAUUGACAGAUGUGAAGCUCAGUGAAGCUGAUUGGGUUCAAACCAGAUUUGAUCAACUGAACCUCAUUGAAGAAAAGAGGUUAGCAGCCAUAUGCCAUGGGCAAGCCUAUCAAAAGAAGAUGAAGGGGGCCUUUGACAAGAAGAUUCGUCCUCGACACUUUCAAGUUGGUGACCUUGUGCUCAAGAAGAUCUUGCCUAUUCACAAUGACCCAAGGGGCAAGUGGGCUCCGAAUUACGAAGGGCCUUAUGUCGUAAAGAAAGUCUUCUCAGGUGGCGCCAUGAUCCUCUCAACUAUGGAUGGCGAAGACUUCCCACUCCCUGUGAAUGCCGACGCAGUUAAAAAAUACUUCGCAUAG